AUGGGCCGCGAUUUUGACGAAACUGCUGACGACUUCACCCUGGAGAAGAUUGUUGAUCUUGGCUUCGACCAGUAUGCCGGCAUGAUCAAUGAACUCUCCAGUGCAGCUACCAAGGAGUUGGCCAUUGAGAAGUCCCUCAUUAAGAUAGACGCACAGUGGCAAAUUAUUGAAUUGGAUGUUGUUCAACUGUCGACAAUGAAGGCUUCUCGUUUUGUCAAGCCUUUUGAAGACCUUGUAGACAAGUGGGAGAGGGCUCUAUCAAAGAUCACCGAAGUCAGUGAGAUGCUGCUUCUUGUGCAGCGGCAGUGGGUUUACAUGGAGACAAUAUUUAUGGGAGAGGAUAUUCGCAAACAGUUGCCAAAAGAGUCUGCCCAGUUUGAUCAAAUCAACAAACAAUGGAAAGUCAUCAUGACAGACAUAAACGCGAUGCGCAAUGCAAAAUUCUGUUCCGAGAAACCCGGUCUCUUUGAGGAGUUGACUGGCAUGAAUGUUCUACUCGAAGAGAUCGAGAAAUCCCUGGAUAUGUACCUGGAGACAAAACGGCAGCUCUUCCCGCGCUUCUACUUCAUCUCCAAUGAGGAUCUCUUAGAGAUCCUUGGCCAAGGCAGGAACCCAGAGGCUGUUCUUCCCCAUCUGAAGAAGUGCUUUGACAAUAUUAACACCCUGAAGCUAGAAAAGGUAUGA